AUGGGUCCAUUGUUAUUUACAUUAUUUGUUUAUCAUUUAAACAAACAGUUUCGGUUCUUUUCUAACCUCUUGAUUGGAAAUUAUUUUGAACCAGAAAGAGAUAUUGUGCUCAUUACUGGUGGAGCGUCAGGUCUAGGCCGAGAACUUGCUUUAAAGUUUGCUUCAAAAGGCGCUAAGGUAGUUAUUCUUGAUAUACAUAUUCCAGUUGAUUCCCAAGAUGAUGAAGAUAAUUUAACUAAAAUUAAGGGCGUCACUUAUUAUCAAUGUGAUGUUAGUAAUAGAGUUCAAGUUCUGAUGGUACAAAAGCAAAUUAAGCAAGAGGUCGGUAAAGUUACAAUUCUUAUUAAUAAUGCUGGUAUUACUACAGGUAAGACUUUAUUAAAUCUUAGUUAUGAGGAAAUUGAGAAAACUAUUCAGAUAAAUCUUUUAUCAAGUUUUUAUACAAUAAAAACAUUUUUACCCGAUAUGAUUAAGAUGAAAAGAGGCUAUAUUGUAACUAUUGGUUCUGUAUUAGGUUAUAUGUCUCCGGCAAGAUUAAGUGCUUAUGGAGCUUCCAAAUCAGGUUUAAUUGCAUUACAUGAAUCUCUUACUUAUGAAGUAGGACCUCCAUCAAUAAAUCCUUCUGGAGUCAAAACUUUAUUAAUUUGUCCUGGUCAGUUAAAGACAGGUAUGUUUAAAGGAGUUGUAACACCUUCAACAUUAUUAGCACCAGAAUUAGAGCCUACUUAUGUAGCCAAUAGUGUUUAUUCAGCAGUUGAGUUAGGAAGAAGAGGAGAAAUUAGAUUACCCUUCUAUACUAAUUUAAUACCAGUAUUUAGAGCAGUUCCAUGGCCCAUAGUUGAACUUGUUAGAGGCUUUAGUGGUAUUGAUUCAAGUAUGAGAACUUUCAAAGAUACUAUUUCCAAAGUAGCUAGUAAAGCAAGUUCAAUAGCCUCAAGAUCUUUAGUUGGAUCUAGAAUCUCAUCUGCCAAAACUAUUUAAAGUUAAAGUUUAAUAUAUAAAUUAUAAUUGUAACAAUUAACUGUAACAUCCAAAUCUGCGCAUCGCCUUCGCGGAGCAACGGCUGAUUUGAGAGAUGUGCAGUAUGCAUAAGUAACAC